GUUUUAAUAUGCUAAUAAAAUGCAUUCCGUUAUGUGUAGGUGUGUUUAUUUGGCUGGCGUUGUGGCUCCGGUACACCGAUGCUGCAAGAUGGAAGGUAUUGGCUCCAGCUAAGGAAGACACACCUAAGUACCAUAAAUUCGCGUAUACAUUUUCCGAAUCUUUGCUCUAUACAUUCGGGGGAGAGUCAGAAGGUACAUUCAGUAGUGACCUGAAGCGGUUUGACCCAUGGAGGAAGCAAUGGGUGACCUUGCCAUCUGUUGGGAAUGUCCCAGCUCCUAGAGCUGGAGCUACUUUGACUAAAAUAGGCUCCACUUUAUAUCUCAUAGGAGGGUAUAACCAGAAUGGCACUUUAGGUACUAUUAGUCAAUACGAUGUCAUAAAUAACAAGUGGACUCAUGUAUAUCCUCAAGGAGUUAAUAAAUUUCUGCCCAGGAGUGGGCAUGCUAGCUGUACUGACGGCGUUAAUCGCAUUUAUAUAUUUGGUGGAUACAACGAUGAUGGCAUAUAUCUCAAUGAUUUGCAUGAGAUUACAAUAUCCACGAAAACAACAACUGAACCUUAUAGCCAGGAGAUUGUUGCAUCAUUCAAGUUGCUUAGUACCGAUUCUAGUAAGGGGGGUAUUAACCCAUCGCCGAAGGAAUGUGCUUCUAUGCAGUUAGUGGAUGGCAAGCUCUAUCUCCAUGGUGGAUAUUCUUAUGGUGGCAGCAGUCACGAUGACAUGUGGACCUUUGACUUGGGUGACUUGAAGUGGUCGCAAGUAGACUCUCCGGUUGUCCCUCCUCCAUCAGAGGGCAUGAGCUCUCUUAGUUUAGGGAGGAGUAUAUUUUACUUCGGGGGGUGUGACUUUGGAUAUGCAUCCACUAGAUGCUACAGUGAUUUAUGGCGCUUCGACACUACGUCUUCUAGAUGGUACAUCAUACCAACAUCGGGUAUCAAUCCCAGUGGAAGGGCAUAUGCCGCUUUGGCAUUUGUCAACGACACCUUUGUUUUGUAUGGCGGAUCAAAGCUGGACAAGAAGGCCUUUGACGACUCAUACCAGCUCGUAGAAUUACAGCCGUGCACUGACCCGGACCACACGUGUCUCGGUAGAGGAUCGUGCUUGGGUGUUUCAUGCCGUUGCAAUACGGGAUUCACUGGCUACGACUGUAGCAUAUCUCUUCAGGGUACCCAGGGGCCACCGGAUACUCCAACUCAUACUGAAAUGUGAAUG